AUGGAGGAAUUUUUAUCUAGAGCCGGAGCUCUAGUGGAUCAUGCUGAAGUGUUGCAGUUUUCGGAAGCAGAAGCAGCAGCUAUACUUUGGCCACAAUCUGACUCGGACUUACCUAUCUCCUCUGAACCACGGGACAUUGUGAGAGAUUUGCAGAAAUUAAAACAAAGACAAAUAGAUCUUGAAUUACAUGCCAUCUACUUAUCAGACUACUACCGCAUGAAAAAAAUUCCAAGAGGUUUUCGGAUUAAGAACGUUCCGACUAUUGGUAGGAAUAACCCUGAGGUCUGUCGUAAGUGGAUUGGCAUACUGAAUAAAUGUUCCCUAGAUCUAAUGCUGGUCGUGAUCGAGGAG